AUGAGUGCUGGAAGAAGAUUUGAUGUGCUAAUUAUAAAGACUUGUGUUUCAGAAAUGAUAGUAGUAAAUGGAAUAGGCGAGUCUGUUUCUGAUGCGGCCAUACGAGAAUUAUCAGAUCGUUCCAAAAGACCCCGAACACCAGCAAAAACUAGCACAUUAGUCAUCACAGGGGUCAAAAGGACAAUAGAGAGUACUCCUACUGACGAAUCUGGGGGUUUCACAUCACAACAACGAGAACGAAGUACCCCUGAUAAAGAGAAAAAGAAGAGUUCAUUUGGAAGUGCCCUUAAGAAAGCAUUUGGUCGUAAGAAACGAGCACAUAGCGCUGAUAGAGAUACCUCCAGUUAUAAAGAAGGGCGCUAUCUGAAACCUCCAGAGCAAGCAUAUGGCCCUCAAUCAAAAGAUGAUUUGGAAUUAGUCCGAGCCAAAGGAAAUGCCUCACCAAAUCUUAAAAAAUCACGAUCCUUGGGAGGAAGCUUAAAGAAGUUAUUCCGAAGAAGUCGGCGAAGAUCCAAAUCAAGAGACAAUUCAAGAGACAGCUCCUUUAAAACCACAGGGUCACAAAAUCCGUCAAGAGAUAGUUCACUUAACCGUUCAACAAACAGAUCAUCAAUGUCUUGA